AUGCCCAACUGUUCCUGUACAAUCCGAUGCGAUUGUAUAAUUUCCAGUCUGACUGAAGAAACACUGGAAGCCGCUCCAGAUUAUUUGAGAAAAGACGCAAUUCGCUGGAACUCAGCAGCGCAUCUGUAUGAGGAUCUCAAAAACUUGAAAAUUUCUUCGAGAAGGGGUAAAAAUAGAAAUCAGGAGAAAAAGUCGAGAAGUCAAUAUCACUCCCCUGAACAUUCUCCACCAAAAUCCCUUUAUCAACGACGUCGUCUGUCUCACAGUCAUCAGUUUUUUGGAGGCAGUAUGUUUGAAAUUGGGAACAAGAGGUAA